AUGGCAGUUUCGACCGUCUCCAUGGUCCUGACAAGAUCGAAGCUAGCAGGUCAUGUAUUGACACCUCGGGAGCGCCGACUCAUCAAACCUCGUACCAAGCUUCGAGUGGAUGAUGUGCUUCACAAAAACGAAUCAAUCUUCUCAUCCGAUGGGAAUUACCGAUUGAUGCUUCACGAAAGAGGAGACCUAAUCCUGCAUACCGGUCCACAGAAAACUCAGAUCGUCUGGAGGACGGGUACAACAUAUUUUGGGAGUUGUCGAGCGAUCAUUCGAGAGGAUGGGAAUCUCCUGUUGCUGGCUCAGGACGGAGGCAUAAUAUGGGAGUCUAGAUCGGGCGGGAGGGGUGGAACGGAAGAUUCAAUUUUGACCAUUUCGAAUGAUGGCUUUCUGAUCAUCUCUAGCGAAGACGCAGGAGGUAAAGGUGAGAUCAAAGAAAUCUGGAAAUCCGACCAGAAGAUCAAUCAAGACCGCCUCGAGCCUGGGCAAACUCUCACCGAUGGGCAAUCUUUGUUGUCUCCAAACGGUAGAAUACAGCUAGCGUUUGCGAAUGAGUGGUAUGACAAGCGCUUCCCGGUACUUAAAGAUUGGGAUAAGGAGAUAUGGUCCCUGAGGGAUACAAAGAGCACCACCAUUAUCAUGCAAAACAACGGCAAUCUCGUCGUCUUCAAAGAUUCUGAGACUGAUAGUGUGGUUUGGGAGACCGAUACCGGCCAGGGCAUUCCCAGCGAUGCGAAGCUUAUGCUUGUGGACGAAGGAGCCUUGGUAAUCAAAGCAGAUGGUAAAAUCAUCUGGUCCAGCCAUCCGGACAAGGUACCCGCGGUUCCUCCGAAUCCAAGGAGCUUUCCUACUCCUACUCCUAUCGCCAGCCGCAUGACUCCGGGUAUGUAUCUGCAAUCGGGCAUGAGCAUGCUGUCGCAGAAUGGACAAUUCCAGGCUACGUUUCACGCGGAUGCCGUGUGGACUAUAAGACGAACGACUACCAAUAAAAUCGUCUGGAAAUCUCCCAAUUCAAUUGCUGGAGGUCACACCCUUUGCCUGACCUAUACAGGAAACUUGCUGCUUUUCGACGCACAAGAAAAAGUCUUGUGGACUACUAAAACAAACUGGGACAAAAGGAAAGUCCCAUAUAAGAGUGGAUACGCGUUGAUACUGGAUGACGAUGGCUAUCUAUUUCUCCAAGGACUCGGUGUUGAGAAUUAUGCAUGGAAUGGUGCUGCACACCUAAGAAACCCCUCAAAAUGGUCCUCUAGUAUUUGGUUGCCCGCUUCUCGAGGGGAGAUCGAUAGACUACAGCCAGGUCAGGCACUUUCCGUGGACCAAUCCAUUGGUAGCUAUAGGAACAAGGAACAGAAGAAGGAUCUCGAGUUCGAGUUUGGUUUCACCCCUAAAGCGAACUUUUACAUUCGCUCUGUCCACGAUCAGAAAACCACGUAUUUUUACACGGGAAGUGAAGGGCAAGAGGCGAGCCUGCUAGUCUUUUCGAACGAAGGCGCAAAUAUCAUCGAUGAGCAAGGGAAAGUUAUGUGGUCCUUCAAGAUUGUGGAACCAAAUGGAAGAUCCUAUUCUGAGAGAUGGCUGGAUGAUCCUCCGGUGAUUGGCAUGACGAUAUAUGGGUGUCCUGUCAUUAGAUGGGCUGACCACCAAUUCUGGUGUGUCUUGAAUCUACCCAGUGGAUCAACUCCAGAGCCAUGA